UGCGACGUAACGUAACGUAGCAUGGCAUUGAAGAAUUCUAAGGCGCACUUUUUAUAUAAAUAAAUAAGCUUAAUACUACAUCGUACUCCUGUCGCAGAGAGAGUGCGAUCAAAAAACGAAUCGGCUUUUGAAGAGCAAAUCCAGCGUACAAACUAAAAAAAAAAGGCUUUAAGCGACGAGUAUUGCUAUGGUGUAAUGCCUCUGUUCCCUUAGCAACAAUUUUGCGCCUAGCCUUGGAGUUCUGUUGCUCUUUUGCAAAACAAGCUGCGUAGAGGAAGGCCUUUUUUUUGUUUUUUUUUGUAGAGCCACACAUUAGAAAUUUGUGGCAGCGACGAAGGUUGUUGUAAUCAAUACGAAAACUACGUUGGCGCUUCCUUCAACGAAGCUAAUUCUUCAUUGUGAAACGAUUUAUGCGAAGGAGACAUGUUCAUCUCCGUGCUGGGCAGGUUUCUUUUCGGCUUUUGUCGCAAUAAAAUAAAAAUGAAAUUAAAAAAUAAUGCGAAACAAGUUGCAAGACAGAGUAUAGCCUUGUCCCCCUACAACCGAAACGUAAUUAGUGUAGAGGGGUAAGUUUCUCAAGAAACUGUGGUGCUGGGUCAGUUGGGGUUUUACAAGAUGAUUUGGUUUUAUCAACGGAGUUGGAAAUGUAAAUUAGCAACUACAAAGAGAUUUUAAAGCUGUCGCUUCGAGCGUCAGCCCUUCGUUAGAGUGCCACUCCGAGAAUUAUUCUAUCUCUAACUAUUCCCGAGAAGCUGUUGCUCGCGUGAUAUCUCAUUUCUCAUGUUUCUGCUGGACUGUUUAUAGUCGAAAUUCUAGAUUGUAUUUCACUUCUGGGUUUGGGGAGACUAACGUAGCGUCUUUUCGCUCUUUAUUUUCAGCUGGUGCGUUCGCUGCGUUUUUCAAUCAAGUUUGGGAAAAGAAAAGAGAGAGCGAGGUAGCAUACUCGAAGUUCUUGGCCGAACAACAACUUCGCCUGUCUCAGAAGCAACACAACAAUUCAAUCCGUUCAAAGCAUGAUCCUCUACCGGAGCCGCCAAGGAAAAGGCCGGCGAACUGCGAAGACGAAUUCAACCGGAGACGAAGCCUCAGUGACCAGCAGCAGGAGCAACCAGCCUCCCCCAAGUCAGUCCAUCGAAUGUCCAAUGGGACGUUGGAUGACUCUGAAAUCAAUCCAUACGCAGUGUUUGAUUCCGUCAAGAGGCCUUUUGGUGCGAUGAAAAACAGUGAGGCGAGGAAUUCCAGAGGAAGCGGCGAUCUACAGCCCUACGCUACUUCGACGCCGAAUGCCCUCUUUAUGAGCCUAAAGCAGAAUAGCGUUCCCAAUAGUACGCCGCAGAGCAGUGAUGUCUGGCAGAAGAGAGAGGGCAAGUCAGAGGAACUUUACGCUCAGGUUGACUUGUCUCGAAAACGCUCGUUCAGGAAAUCCAAAGAUCUGACCAUGAACGACAGUGAGGUCAACUUGAUCGAGAACACCCUCUACGCCAACAACAAUUUGGUGCAGUCGCAAAAAUCCGCCCGAGAGACUCCUCCCACGGCUCGCGAAGUUCCACCACCCCUUCCGAAGAGGAAUUACGAUUUAAGCGAGGAUUUCCCACCUGUAGUCCCACCCAUGAUCCCUCCAGCGGAGUCCAGAACGGAUACUCUUAGGAGCAAUGAUGAUGAGGGCUAUAACACGUUUAAGAAUGAGAACCUGAAAGAAGAAAACCCCUACGCUGCUUUAGCCGACGUACAACCCCGGCCUUCCUCUAUAGCAGCGGAGGAUCCAUACUAUAUGAAGGUAAAAGAGAAGAUAGACUUCUUUAACAACAAAAUGGUCACACCGAAACAUGACGUAUGGGUGAAGAUGAAUGCAAGACAGGAUGAGUCUCACUCGUCUGUGCCUGAUCUCCACAGAAAGGAGUCGGAUGCGGGAGCACCUCUGGCUCAGCAAGAGGUGAGAGCUUUGCAAUACAAGUUCAUUUCACUUUAAUGACACUAUACCUUACGAGCAAAAUAGCAUUGUAGCUACUCGAGGUAAGAGCUCUUAUGAUUCGCGUAACUCACGCCUUCGCGCAAAGCUCUUAUGAUUCGCGUAACUCACGCCUUCGCGCAAAACACUUGGUCGCGAAUGGUGAGAAUACACGCAGGUAAAUAUGGAAGGCGGGUUAAUAACACGCAGUCUUCAAGCUAUAGCUCAUUAUGUGCAUUAUGCGAUUAAGCUGGCAUUGCUUGUGGUUAAGGUGAAGCAAAUCUUGUGUUCUGGUUGGCCACACAAUCUUUCUCGCCCGAGAUUGCCCGCUUUGAUCCUGCGCAAAAAAAAAAAUGAGUGGAGCGGACUGACAUGUUUCAUGGUGGGGGUGCCAAGAGUGACGUUUACAAUGUUUGUCCGUUCUGUAAUUUUUGGGAACUACUUGUAGGAUGGUCAAGACUAACGUGACGAGUGUUGUCGUGACAGAAGGUAGACUCGUGACGCAGCACAUCAUUAAUGUGUUUGUUACUCUCAUUCUUUCAGGAUGUUAGCGACCCAGAGUAUGCUCAAGUUCAGGAAGCAUUAAAAAAUAAUCUGAAGAUAUCAGUAAAACCCCGGAAGACUAUUUACGCUGUUGCUGUUGUUGAGGAACCCAGCGAUUCAGACAGGAAACCAAAGCAGCAUGCAAAGGUGACAGCUAAAGCUUCAUUGAGGCUGGCGCAUUCUGCUGAAGACGUUAGUACGCUGGAGAGACAAUCCAGGCGAGGUGAGUGUGUCUCUUCCAUCUGUUCUUGCCUUAAAGUCCUGAGAUUUAUUUCUUUAUUCGAAUACCGUUUUAUGCUAAAUAACCUCUUAAUUACCUUCAACUGUCUGCCCAGUAAUCGGUUGAUUUCAAGGAGGUCAAUGAAAUUGUCCAACAAUUCUUGCGAUCCUUUUAUAAAAACAACGCCCUCUUUCAGAAGACGGUGUCGAUAUACACUUUUCUCUGUUCGCGCGUUAACAGGUUUGAAGUAUAUUUGUGGCUUUUUCUAGACACCUUUGGUCGCCCAGUAAACGGAAGACGUGAAAAGCGAGGAGAUAGCGCCACGUCUGAUCAAGGAACUGGGGACGAGGCUACUUUGCCUCGAACUGAAGAGCGCCCGGCGAAGAAAAAAAAUAUCAUCCGACGAUCUCGAAGUACUACACGAAGUGGUCAGUCGUCCACGCCAAACGUACCUACAGAGGUACACAAGAAACAGCUGUUUUCUGGAAGGAAAUCAGGUGGGCACACGGGGUGGGGCAGGGUGUUUUUCCUCGAAUGUGUUUGGUGGAUGAACUGCGUUACUUUUCACUGAUAAUCAUAAUAUAUAUGUGCAAUCGGACAGUGCGAAUGGACAGUCAGCUGCAUUCCGACACCUGUAAUCAGACAGUUACAAUCAGCCAAUCCCACUGAGUGAACUGAAAGGAAUCCUUCAAUCACAGAUUUGGUUACAGUAAUCUUAGCUGAGCAUUGGCAAACAAUCCUAAGCUGGGUUUUUGCCAAAAUAUAGGAGGCUGUGCCUGGGGCUUUUAAGUUAGCCUUUGUCCAAGAUCGUAAUGGUUGUGUUUAAAGACUGGCAUAAUAAGGCCUUCAUUCAAUGAAUACGUUUUUUUUCUCUCGGAAAUUGUUAUGGUUAUAAUUUAUUGGUAACAGGACUUCAUAUCGCUUGAUUCAGUUAAUGAUGACACUUCUGAUUGACAAAUCUGACUCCCAGUUCUCGCUCGUCCAAUUUUCUGAAUCACUCGUAUGAUUACAGACCGAAUUGGUCUCCACUCCGACCUAUUACUAUUAUUAAUCCUCUGAAUGAGAAGCCUUCAUAGUCGAGUGUAACCUCUUUUGGACUAAUCUGGAGACACUUCUCCUCGAGGACACAAAUCUUUCUUUCCGCCUGCAGUCAACAACGACAACAAAAAAAACUGCUAAGACCUUUGUAUUCGUUACCUUCAUUGAAGAAGAAAGGGGCACUCUUAAGCCCUAUGAGUGCUUCCCGGAACAGGGUUCCACUGUAUUACGAAACAAAGAUUGAGAAAUAAGUUGAUUCCUUGGGGUAAUUUAUUUAUUGGGUUCAUGUAUUUUUAUUUGGAAGGCAAGAAAGACCAAAGGAAAGGUGGAACUAUGUCCUCCAGUCAAGAAGACGAAUCUUCCUUUGGCAGCACGUUAGACGCCAGAGGAAAAAAUAAACGACUGGCUAGGGUGUGUAUAUAAGUACAGGUGUAAGAGUGCUUUCUUAAGGACGAGGGUUGUAAACGGCUCGGUGAAGGGGAGAAAACUUUCCAACUUUAGGUAUUGCAGUACAAACUAUUAUCCAAGGCUUUCUUUCCUCUUCGGUGGCGAACUUAGAAAAUUAGACUGAAAGCGAAUUCGAGGUUUAGAGAUAAACUUCUGGGAGAAAUAAUGUGAAAGAAUAAAGUAGUCUCAUUUAACUCAUGUUUUUAUAAAAAAAAAAAAAUCACCCUUGCAUUAGGAAAAUACUCUAUGGGGUGAACUUAUUACAGUGAUAGGAAGCCAACCUGGACAAGUCGUAAUGAGAGAUGUCUUUUUUUUUUUUUUGUUUUUUUUUUUUGUCGCUUUAUUAUUCAUUCCACAAGGAAAGUUUAGUUGUAAGCAUCAACUAAAUCGACCUAGUUAGAAAAAGGGAAAAUGGAAAAUCUUAGUUCGCAAUCUCAGUUUGCUUGUUGUUUGUAAUGAGAGCCUGAGGCUGUAAAGAAGUUGUUUGGGACAAAAUAAGACUUGUACAUAUGAAGGUCUUGAAAUAAUUUGUUCUGUUUGGUUCUCUUCAGCCCGCCCUCUUGGACAUACCUCAGAGGCAGUCAGAUCCUGGCACUGAAGAGGUACACAAAAUAUGUUACUUGUUUACUAGCAUUUGACUUACUUUAGCCCUCUACCUUUUUACAAGGUUGAGCGGUUCAGUUUAUGGCAUCCUGUCUAGUGGAAGUAGAAAUAUUCGGAUCAAUGUCAUUAUCUGAUCAACUUUGCGCCUACCUCUCCCCUCACCCAACUUAACCCUAACUUGUUAUCAGCGGACUGUUUUGGCUUAGGGAAGGGGUAGGUGCCCAGUUGCUCAAACACUGACACUAGUCCUAAAUUUCAUGGUCGCUUCAUGCUUAGAAACUGGGCCUAGUUCUGUCUAUAUGGGCUUCUUGGACAGACACCAAACGAAUACACAGUGUGGGUGUGCUCUGUACCAGGCUCUGUCCGUUCGCUUUUAAACUAUUUUUGAUGCAUUUAUCUUAGGAAACAGAGGAUGACCCAGGUUCGCCCGGUCAUAAACCAAGGAAAUCGGUGAGUAUUUUUGAAUCUUUUUGUUUAUUUGUGUUAAUUGAUACGAACUUCUGAAUUGGACUAAAGCCGAUACGACCAAUAGCUAAGGCAAAACGAAAGUUAACCAAUUACACCCUAACCUCAGCAUGCAUAUUCUCCAAACUCUACUCUACACAUUUCCUUUGGUACUGACAAGGAGAAUUCGUGUAAAAGUCAAAGCUUCUCAGGUUAGCGAUUAUUUCCUUAAUUCUCACGAUCAUAAUAAAUGAUUCAGCAGUAUUUAUGUAAGGAGAAAUGAGAUGUUGGUCACUCUUAGGGUUUAAGUGGUUAAGGUGAACGGGAAGCCGUAGGUUUAAAUUACUUGGGUGAUCAUUUGUUUCUGUUUCGUUGUUUUGUGUUUUUGUUUUUUUUUUAACUCACCCUCCAAACAUUAGCAGCCAAAGUGUCUAAAAUCAUAUUUGUAUCGUGUCAUAGCCCUGGUCGUCAUCUAGAAAGAAACCGAGUCGAGAGGAGCGCGAAGCUCAGAAGCAGAAGAAGCGAGAAGAAAAGAAAUCGCGAGAAGACGAGAAGCGUCAGAAACGUGAAGAGAAGAAGAAGAGAAAGGACAGGGAGAAGAUUGACAAAUUUUUCCAGAGCAGACAGAAGAAUAUCAGCAAUUACACUUACUUUGGUCAACCGCUUGAGUCAAUCUGCGAUCCAACAACACUUGUCCCUGCAUUCUUGGAUAAAUGUAUCGAAUUUGUAGAGAACACAGGUGAGUCACGCAAUCCCAGUAAACCGUAAAUCGUUGUGACUGUUUUUUAUUAGCUAUCACAUGAGAUUGUUACGUGUUUUGGUAUCAUUUGUAGACUUUGCCCGCAUUUUUCAAAAGGUGUGUAUUGGAUAAACCGUCCUUCGACUUUUAAGAAAUUCAUUUUUGCCUAUUAAGCUAUGUUUCCACACAGCGUAAAGUGAUUUAUAUUUUUUAUUUUUUUGUCUCGUCAUCUUAAAGGAAUGCAAGUAGAGGGAAUAUACAGAGUGAAUGGUAACGCAGCGGACAUAAACCUCAUUGAACAGAAGGUUGAAGAGAGUAAGUAGUUGAGUUUUUAUUAAGUUGAUAACAGUAACUCAAAUGAAAAUUGCAGUAUUUAUAUUGUAGAAGAAGUGCACCUAGCUUUCCCACUUGUUUACAGUCAAUCAAAAAAGGAAUCCAAAUCGAACGAAACGUUAUCAAGAAGCCUAAUUGGCAGGAGGCAAACCAGUUUGCUAUGUACAACGGUGUAAAUUGGAGUUUUCAAAGUUAAUGUGUCGAGCGUCAGCCUUUCCACUGAGUGUACUUACGAAGGGCUCUGACGUGGGGCUAACCCUCGUUACGUUACCUUAAGAAACUCUUUACAUUAUUAACUCAGUUGUUAAAACCAAAUUACCUUAUAUUAACCCCCACCGAAGCAGCACCAUAUUUUCUCCAGAAACUUGGCCUCUUAAUGUAUGGAAGUGUGGUCGAAGAUUUGAACUGUUUAGUGCCCGGAAACAAUUCCAACCUUGGGUAUCAGCUUUAUUAAAAGUUCAUCUGGUUUUUUGGUACGAAAAUUUAAGGGAAAGUUGCCUCCUUCUUUUUCUCUGUACCAGAUCCUAACGUAGAGUUGGCCGAGCUAGGGGUUACGGUCCAUGCAGUGACAGGUGCCUUCAAGUCAUUCCUAAAGCUCCUCCCAGAGCCAAUAAUCCCAGGAGCCUAUCAGAGCUCAUUCCAUGAUGCCAUGGGUAAGUUGAACAAAAUCUGAACCGAUUGUAUUGUGAGGUGGCUUAUAGACCCUUCUCUGUUAAGUAGUAGCAAAAACUAAUAAUAAUAGAGCUUAAAAUUUGGAGUCUCAUAUACAUUGUGCAGAUUUUUUUACCGAAUAUUUAUUUUUCUGCUCCUUGGGAACACUUCUGUUAUUUUCUUUAUUUGCCCACGAUUGGAAAUGCUAGUUUUUCUUACGCUUCUCAAGAAUUUGCGUCCGGCCGUGUCACCUAAAAGAAAUGGUUCCUCAUGUAUAUUCACUUUUUUGUGUAUCCUUCCUGUGCAGUUGAUGCUGAUGCCAAUAGCCGCUUAGCUCGGCUCAAGCAGCUUCUACAAGAUAUACCACCACAUAACAUUGCUGUCUUCAAACGAAUCAUGUUCCAUCUGAAUCGGUAGGUUGAGUUGUAAACCAGAGUUUUGAUCUUUCUUCUCUCGCGCAAAGCAUUUAACCCUGUAACUACUAAGAGUGACUGGCAUCUAAUUUCUCCUCACAAUAUCACCCCUGAAACAAACACGAAAGUCAGGAGAAUAGAGGAGAUGAUCACUAAUAGAAGCAGCUCUUGAUUGUUAAACAAAUUCUCCUCGUCAGCUUCCUUAGAAAUGCACGGAGAACAGUAUGGAGAAUAUGCAUUCUGAUGUUAGGGUGUAAAGGGUUAAUACAACGACAGGCAGUAUCAUCAAUGUAUUUUAUAUAGGUGUACAGUACUCCCUUCGGGCUCGGGGAGGUUUUUUAAUUGAAUGCCAAAAUGGCCUAGGCAGAUACCCAUUCUUUUAAAACACUUUUUUUACAGAGUGACGGAGUUUUCCAAGGACAAUCUUAUGGAAUCGAGAAACAUAGCAUUGGUCUUAUUCCCGACUAUUAUUCGUCCGGACUUCACCCGGUUGGAGAUGUCUACGCACAUGUACCUGCUGUUAUUCAUUCAAACGUGUAUAGAAAAAUGUGACUACCUCUUCUCCACUGAAGACAAUUGAGAAAAACUGGGAAACGUCGGUGAAGUCUAGGUUGCCAGCCACGUGCCUGCCACAUGUCUGUGGUAUGGGUAAGGAUGAAGUGUCCUUCUGCUGCCGAACUGACAGCGUGGCUUCGUGGGAAUGCCGUUGAUUCAGGAAUUCGGUCCAAGCAGUGAAGAUGUCGAGAAAUUUUUGAGGUUUGAACGUCAUAUUUGCCUUCUCAUGUUGCGAUGCUACCUAAGAGCCGCAAGACGAACAGUUCGACGAAAAUAGUGACGGAUGCAUUUUAUUAUGGAAGAUACAUGUAUGUAAGGACGAUAGCGAUGUUACAAGGAUGAAAGUGUGCUUGCGUUUUAGAAAGGGACAUAUUUCGCGAGUGCACCCUGUUUUGUCAGAAAUAACUGUUAAAACUAGCUUAUUAAUGAUAAAUAAUAAGUUGUUAAAGAAACGUUUCCUCUCCAAGAAUUUCUUCUACUCAAAAUGACAGAUUGAAUUUAGGUAGAAUUGGACUGAGACAGCGGUUUUCAUAGAUGCCAAGCAACUUGUGUGAUCUUGCUAUUUGCUGACUGGCUGAAAGAUAUUCGAAAACUUUCGAACGCGUGCAAGCUCUCCCGAUGGAUACCAAGAGUAAUGUCGGUCAAGCUUUUUUUAUAAGAAUUCACAUGACGGUGUUUUUAAUUUUAUUCCCUCUCAUUCUGCUG